AGAAGGUGGCGGUAAUGCACUAUAAUAGUGUUAAGAAACCGCCACAAAACACAAGAAGAACACUAAAAGCGGUUCAGCUACAUAAACAUUUAGCUACGUUUCUGUGGACGAGUGGAAUUAUUUGUGUCCAAAAUGGCAGAAGAAGAAGACGAUGCUGGGUUUGAAGAUGAUGUUGACGAUGGUGGAAAUGGAGCAGAUGGAGGCCAUGGAAAAAGAAAGAGGCUUUUUUCCAAAGAGCUUCGAUGCAUGAUGUAUGGAUUUGGUGAUGAUCAAAACCCAUACACUGAAUCUGUGGAUAUUUUGGAGGACCUUGUGAUUGAAUUUAUCACAGAAAUGACGCACAAGGCUAUGUCAAUUGGACGACAGGGUCGUGUUCAAGUGGAAGACAUUGUUUUUCUAAUCCGUAAAGACCCCAGGAAGUUUGCCAGAGUAAAGGAUCUUCUAACAAUGAACGAAGAACUAAAGCGAGCCCGCAAAGCAUUUGAUGAAGCGAAUUAUGGAUCGUAGUACAGUUGUCUUCAUUCGUGUUUUUUUAUUAUGUUAGGUAUUUCUUAUGCUUAUACUUAUUAAAGUGUUCUGACAAUGUA